GAUUUGACGGAGAAUUAUCUCUAGCUAUAUAAAGGAAGAGUGGGGGGGUUGGAAAACUAAUAAAAAAACAGAGCAACUCUGUUUACUCAUCUGGUGUUAGAAUGGAUAGUUCCUCUCAUCAGCUCCUCCCCUUCAACGAAAACGACCCAGAAGACAUGCUUCUCUAUGGCAUCAUCACUUCAUACCAAGAAAAAAAAGUGACCAUCAACCAAGAGCAAGUGCAUAAGAAGAGGAGCAGCUUCCGCGGCGUGCGGAGGCGGCCGUGGGGGAAGUUCGCGGCGGAGAUAAGAGACUCCACGCGGCAUGGCGUGAGGGUGUGGCUUGGGACAUUCGACAACGCCGAGGCCGCCGCGCUGGCGUAUGACCAAGCCGCAUUCUCCAUGAGGGGCUCCGGCGCGGUGCUCAACUUCCCCGUGGAGAAGGUGAAGGAGUCUCUUAGAGACAUGAAGCUUGAUGGAUGCUCUCCCGUUGUGGCCUUGAAGAGGAGACACUCCUUGGCUGCUAAGAGGAAGAAGGAAGAUGUCCUUGUUUUCCAUGACCUUGGGGCUGAUUAUUUGGAACACUUGUUGAUGUGCUCUGAUCUACCUAGUACAACCAUUGUUUAAUCUUUCAUGACUUGCCAACAAAUAAGCUUCAGCUAUUCAGAUUUGUUAUUGCUUAUUUUUAUUUAGUGUAAUCAAUAAAAUUAUACUUCUAAGUAUUACUUGCUUGGUUAAUAUAUCCUAUGUACUUUUUUUUAGUGACCAUGGUAAUUAUGGUCAUUGAUAUUUCUUUCUUUUUUUUUUUUUUUUUGUGGUGACCAUGAUGGAGUUAUAUAUCUUGCUGGCACCCGUUUCUUAUGUUCUUUUGUUCUUGUAUUUUAUCAUUUAUCAUUUGUUUUGGUAGAAAGAACAUUUGUCAUAAUGUCAUGUUACUGAUGAUCAUAUAAUCUAUAUUUGAGUUUA